AUGAUGCGUUUCGAGAAGGAGGUGCAACAGAAGGAGAUCAGACAGGAGAUGAAACUGCGCUUGGCCCGCCUCCAGCAGCAGCAGCAUCUCACACAAAACAAGCCGCAGAUUAUAAUUGGAGAGGCGCUGCUGCAGCAUGGAGCGCUCAGUCGUGUUACAAUGGCCACGCCCAGUCCGCUGACGCCCAAUUCGCUGGACGAGCUGCUGCCAUCGCUAGAUGAGAACCAGGAGUAUCCACCCAAGCUGGAGAGCACCUAUAAGCAGCUGGUGCAGCCGGCAGCCGGCGCAGCAACAACAACAGGCCCUGGCGCAGGCAACCGUUCCGGGUCCGGAUCCGCUUCCUUUUCCGGCUCCAGUUCCGGCCGCAUAAACGGCUAUAACGGUCCCUGCAGCUCAUCGACUGAAGCGCUCUAAAAAAAUUAAAAAAAUUAUCUUGUAACGAUCGUACUAGCUCUUAAGUGAAAUCCCCCUUAAGAUUGUAAUCUAAGUUAAGUUCAAUGCUUAAAUGUUAGUUCACUGAAUUAAACGUCAAACGUGUUUAGUUAUAGCCAAUUAGAUUAUGUGUAACAUAGUAAGCGUCUACUUUUGCGGGCAAGCGCUGACCUAUAGAGCAUUCAAUAGGCGCAGUCCUCCAUUGGGAUGCGUACCUAGUGUAUCGUAUAUACGGUGUUCUAUAUGCGCAUUUUGUCGCCGUAUUUUAUAGACAAAAAUACAAACAUGAAAAACUCAGUUGUCAUUAUUAUUCUGAACAUUUGUUCCGUUACAUUACGAAUAUACAAUAUACAUAUAUAUUUUAAUUACAAUUAUUUGUUUUUCUUUUGUAAAAAGUAUU